ACAGGAAGAAAAUCUUAUGUUUGUGAUUAGCUAGGAACAUCGCUAUAUCACAAAGAAGAUGCGGUCCUGUGCACCAGCGAUGAGGUCCCUGGCAGUUCUACUUUUUAUUUGUGUAACCUCCCUGAAUGCACAAAUUCCCUCAUCUAUCAAUUGUCCACCUGUGCUUGCUCCACCCACCGUACUUGGAGGACUCACAAAUCGGGGAUUUGGAUUGCUAGAGUUCUGCUGUUUAGCUGCUGUUUCUGGCAUUAACCCUAAUGACCAAGUUGUGGUAGUCGUGGCUUCGACAAAUGCUAUUUCAAAUAUCAGUCUACCUGCUUUAAAUAUCUCAAACCCACCACUGUUUUCAGAUUUUUUAACCAAUGGGUUUUAUUCUCCAAUAAUUGGAACUGUUGCAAGUUUGUGCAAUGGACCCUUAACUUCAUUUGGAACAGUAUUUAUUGGAGAUUCAUUAUUCUGCCUUCGAACUGGGUUCAUUGCAUAUUGCAAUGGUCCUUUGCCAGCAGGAUCAUACAGGGUAGCUUUGCUAGUAUAUCGUGAUGGCGUACUUACUUCGAUAACUCCAUUUUCAGAUGUAAUUACUCUUAGAAACCCACGGAAUUUUAAUACCAUUGACCCUAAACCUAGUUCGCGCAGUGCUACCAUGAUCGUUAUUUCAACAAUCCUCCCAUUGCUCCUACUUGUACUACUAGUCAUUCCUUUUCUUGCCUUAUUCUUGAGAUGCUGCUGCUGCGGUCGAUUUGCACCAAAGCGAUGUCAACAGGAUUGUGAUUAAUUCAGAUAACAUUUUGCUGCCAUCAGUGUGAAAAUAUUAUUAUUUUAUGUUUAAUUGUUUCUAUCAUAUAAUAGAUUUUACCAAACAUUGCUGUAAUUAUUACCUAUACAGUGGAACCUCAGAUUGCGAGUAACACUGUUAACGAGCGUUUCACAAAACGAGCGCUGUAUUUUUAAAA